UAGCCCUGAUUCGAAGGGGGUGAUGGCGAAGUUUGCAAAGAGAGGUCGAAGUGGUUGUCAGAGGUUGAGUUUUACGCUUCGUACUUCAUUGACGCGACUCUUGCUUGCUUAUUGUUCGCCCUGGCGCCGAAUUUGGAUUUGUCGAUUCAUUUGUUCAUCGCUGCCAUAUUCUUGACAUCAAUUGAAUAGCCACAUUUCUCGUUCCAGGGGUUGCGUAGCAUCUAUCAGCCAUGGAACCGGCCGAUUUUGAGGCGUUGCCGGAAGAGGACAAACACCGCAUGUCGACCAUGAUCGACCAUCUUCAAGUUCGAGACAGCUUGAAGAUGUACAAUUCCUUAGUAGAGAAAUGCUUCUGCCACUGUGUAGAGAGUUUUCGGAGGAAGUCUUUAGACAAGCAAGAAGAGACAUGUGUCAAGUGGUGCGCUGAGAAAUACUUGAAUCAUUCUAUGCGGGUCAGCAUGCGCUUUGCAGAGUUAAACCAGAGUGCCCCUACUCCCGAUUGAAUGCGCACCUAUCGCAUUAUACAUACAAAGUGGUGGAGCCACUUUUUCACUUUACCAAUAUUACGAUAGGGAUUUAGAUACUCUUUUCUGGAUUCUCGAAAUGAUGUGCAUCCAAGGGCAUGAAACUAUAGGUGCAAGAAAAAAUUUACAUGGUUUGAACUGCAAUUUAAUACUCAACUGCAACCCAAAAAACAA